AUGAUGACGGUGGAGGACAUCAGUGAUUUGGUCAUCAGGUCUAUCGACGAUACGGUACAUCGAGUCAACGAGGACCUGGUUCCAUACUGGCGUGAGGGGAUGCUGGAGGGUUAUGGCCAUCCCCUCGACACGGUUCAUCUGUUCUUCGGUCACGACGAGAAUGAAGAAGCAUAUAGGAGAUAUCAGGAAACGGCUGAGGCGUUGAAAGGGCACUAUACUUUCGGAGCCCUCAUCGAUGAGAAGGUGUCACAGUGGGCCACCCAUCCCGCAAUAAUCACCAUGAAGCCGCAGGAUACAGAGACGAAAGCCGUCGCCCAUCACAAGGAAUGGACCGUCGAGGCGCUGACACGCUACAUUCGAUUCUCGUCUCGGCCGCUAUUGCACGACCUCUCCAAGCCACGUGAAGCUGUGGAAGCCAUCGAUUCGGAUUGCGUCUUAUUGUUCCUUUUCGACCCAAAGAUGGCCGUGGCUGCUCGUCCGCUCUACGAAUUGGCACAGGAUAUCGAGUAUCGGGAGACAGUACCGCUGGUGGUUGGAACGGUGAAUGGCACAUCACCCUUCGGCCUGGCCUUCUCGACGUGGGCCGGGUUGAAGCAGUUCGACCGCGCCCAGUGGGUUUUG